AUGGAGUUUGACAUCAAGUUCAAAGAAGAACUUAUCCAUAAACCAGUGCUUUUGUCCUCCAACAAUUACUUGAAACCAGAAAUUCAUGAUGACAUCUCUAUGGACAGUUCUUCAUCAAAAGGCUUCCUCCAAGAUUUUCAGCAUCUUGAUCAUCUUCCUGUAAUGGGGUCAUCGUUAAACCCCGAUUUCCCUAUCCAAACUACUUGUUUUGAUCCUUUUGAUCCCUUCACAUUUGUGUCUUCUUCGACAGAUCUUGAUUUUUAUGAGUUAAAACCAUUUGAGGAAAAUGGUGCAAAUGGUAGUGCUGUCAUGCAGAAUUUCCAGGGUGGUGGAUACUUAAAUAACCCUAAGAAUACUCCGGUGCUCGACACAAUUUCAGGCAACCGGAGCUCCCGUGUGCCCUUUAACGGUGAAGAUAUCAAGCCUAUGAACUUUGCAGUACCAGAUGAAGGCUCAUGCAUAACUGCUGAAAAUGUGUACCACAAGAAAGUUGGCAUGAUCAAGAAGAACAAUAAUAAUGUUGGAUCUGCUUCAAAUAAAAAACAAUGCAAAAGUCAAAAGAAAGCCAAUUCAUCCAAGGGGCAGUGGACAAGUGAAGAAGAUAGUCUCUUAAUCAAUCUGGUGGAGAAGUUUGGAGUGAGAAAAUGGUCUAAUAUUGCUCAGAUGCUGAAGGGAAGGAUAGGGAAGCAGUGCAGAGAACGCUGGCACAACCAUCUAAGGCCUGAGAUUAAGAAGGAUGUAUGGAGCGAGCAGGAGGAUAGGGUCUUAAUUCAGGCACAUACAGAAGUAGGAAACAAAUGGGCAGAAAUUGCAAAGAGAUUGCCAGGAAGAACUGAAAACUCCAUCAAGAACCACUGGAAUGCAACCAAGAGAAGGCAAUACUCGAGGCGAAAAUGCAGAUCCAAAUGGCCAAGGCCAAGCUCUCUUCUUCAAAACUACAUCAAGAGCUUAAACUUGGAUGGCAAAGAUGCUUCAACAAUCAAUCCAAUGGUAAUCAAGCCACAAACUCAGCCAGAGGCUGAUGAUUUUUGCGCGAGUGAUCGCGUAGUUCCAGAUCAUGUUUUCGACGAGGUCCCAGAAUUUGUGUUGGAUGAGAGAUUGGUUGAAGGGUACAGUAGGUUUGAUUCUAUUCUUGAUGACAUACCAGUUAGUGCACCAGUUGUUCAUGAGAAAUGCUUUGAUGAUAUGGAGAUGCCAUAUGAUAUGGCUUCACUGAUGCUGUGUGAAGUGAAGAAGGAGAUUGAUUUGAUGGAGAUGAUCUCUCAAGUUAAUCUCUAA